AUGGGUGUAUCAUUCUCCUGUCAGUUCGAGCAAGACGACGUGGAAGCUGCUCUAGACUCUGUCACGGUUAAGUCCAUAAGCUUCGGUGGUGAUGACGACGAGUGCAAGACUCCAAAGAGAUCUGUAAAUUUCAAUGACGGGACUCUUGAGCCAACCAUCUUGAAAUCCAUGGGAUCUGGUGGUAAAAUGGUCGUUGAGAAAUCUGUUAGCUUCAAAGGGAUGCAGCUAGAGAGAAUGAUCUCUCUUAAGAGGUCUCUCUUGAACACGAAAGACAAUGCUGGUAUCGCUAGAGAACUCUCAGUUCUUGAUCCCAGGAACCCUAAACACGAAGCUGCUAUUAAGUUACAAAAGGUUUACAAAAGCUUCCGUACUAGGCGAAAGCUAGCUGAUUGUGCAGUGCUUGUGGAACAAAGCUGGUGGAAACUAUUGGAUUUUGCUGAGCUGAAGAGAAGUUCUAUAUCUUUCUUUGAUAUUGAGAAGCAUGAGACCGCGAUUUCGAGAUUGACCCAAGACAUCGGUAUGGACACAACCUACACUUUUACUACAACAAGUGGCUUCAUUGUCAGAGUAGAGAGCCUUUCUUCUACUGGUAAUUACUUUUCAUUGCUUGAUAUUGGAGAGGGUAAAGAAGUAAAUCUUGUGGAGAAAUGUUCUAGAACAAAACUUCAGCAACAGUGCAUCAAGUACCUUGGGCCGAUGGAAAGAAAAGCUUAUGAGGUUGUUGUGGAAGACGGCAAGUUCUUUUACAAGAAUACCGGAGAAAUGCUUCAAACUUCUUCAAUGGAAGAUAGUGAUUCCAAAUGGAUCUUUGUACUCAGCACGUCGAAAGUGUUGUAUGUUGGGAAGAAGAAGAAGGGUACGUUUCAACAUUCAAGCUUCUUAGCUGGAGGAGCUACUGUUGCUGCAGGAAGAUUAGUUGUUGAGGAUGGUGUUCUCAAGGCUGUCUGGCCACAUAGUGGACAUUAUCAACCUACUGAAGAGAACUUCUUGGACUUCUUGUCUUUCCUUAGAGAAAAUGAUGUUGACAUCACUGAUGUAAAGAUGAGUCCAACAGAUGAAGAUGAAUUCUCAAUGUACAAACAGAGAAGCACUCAUAUGAGAAAUCAUUCUUUGGAAGAGGAUUUGGAGGCUGAGAAUACUGUUUCAUUUCAAGAAAGAGCUGAUCCAAGAGAGGAAGAAACAACUCCAGUGAUGGUUAACAUCGAAACACCGAAGAAGAUGGAUUCUUUGAGUAUCUUUGGGGAGGAAACCCAAUCCAAAGUAACUGAAGACUAUGAUUCAGGUGAUGAGGAGGAGGAAGAGGAAGAGAUUUUUGAGUUAGAACAAGAACCAAUGCCUUCAGAACAAACCUCACCCAAAGGAAGAGAGGAAGAAGAAACCAAAGAGAGUGAAGAAGUAGUCAAUAUUCCAGAAGAAUCAAUCCUAAAAAGGAUAAAUUCAAAAAAGGAAAGUAAAUCUUUCCAACUUGGGAAACAAUUGUCAUGCAAAUGGACAACAGGUGCAGGACCAAGGAUCGGUUGUGUAAGAGAUUAUCCAUCAGAGCUUCAGUUUCAAGCACUGGAGCAAGUCAACUUGUCUCCAAGAAGUGCUUCUGUUUCAAGACUUUGUUUCUCCUCUUCAUCUCAAACGCAAACGCCUCAGAUGUCACCGUUAUGGAGAGGGAUGUCAUUACCUGGAGAUGUCACAGAUUCAUAA